CAGACAUAACACGCUACAACAAUAACAACCUUCCAUCAUGCGCUUCGAUGAGAUCACGUGAACAGGCGUGCUUGGUUGCUGUCGCGAGGUUUUGAUGGUCUGUUGUUGUGGCUGAGAAGAUGGCUGCCGGGACUGGGAAACACAAGCUUUUGAAUGUUGGCCCAACAGAACCAUGGUCUAUUCGGGAGAAACUCUGUCUUGCAUCUUCAGUCAUGCGGAGUGGCGACCAGAACUGGGUAUCAGUAAGUCGUGCCAUCAAGCCCUUUGCAGAGCCAGCUCGCCCUCCUGAUUGGUUUUCUCAAAAGCACUGUGCCUCACAGUAUUCUGAACUGUUGGAAACUACAGAAACCCCAAAACGAAAAAGAGGAGAACGAGGUGAAGUGGUGGAGACUGUGGAGGAUGUAAUUGUACGGAAACUGACAGCUGAAAGAAUUGAAGAGCUGAAAAAAAUUAUUAAAGAGACUCAGGAGAAAUACAGAAAACUGAAGAAAGAAGCAGAACUUAUUCAGAGUGGGCAUUUGGACAGCAAGCUGGAGGACCUGUGGAAUGAAACUUUGGCCAAAAAGAAGCAGGAAGAAGAGGAGGCAGAAAUGAAGAGAAAGGCCACAGAGGCUGCAUAUCAAGCUCGUCUGGCAGCUAAGAACAUUCCUCGCCGUACUAGCACAAUGAGCCGCCCCUCUGUGGGAUCCUCAUCUCCAGGAGGAGAGUUUAGCUUGGUUGACUUGGCACCAAUUAACAAUGAGGAGGGAAGUGUGGGGGUAAGUGUAGGGUCAUUGUCAAGCACCUCAGUUCCGACUUUCAUUGGGAUUCCAGAUACCCCUCCACCUGCUUCUGCCCCCCCGGAAUCCCCAUUGACCCCUGUGAUGGACGACUCUCCCCAGAAAAAGAUGGCGGGACAGAAAGGAACUCCUCCCCCCUCCCCGCUGCUUUCGGAGCUCCUGAAGAAAGGCAGUCUGUUGCCUUCGAGUCCCCGGCUGGUGAGCGAAGGUGAAAUGGCUAUAACAUCUGGCAAUAGUGCCAGUUCAGGUGUACUCAUGGAUCUUGGAGUUUUGCCAGUUCUUCAUGGUGGUGAUCUACAUCCUAUACCAGGAACAAUCCCAGCAUCACCAGCCGCUUCAGGUGCUCCCACUCUGUCCCGGCUUCUAGAAGCUGGUCCUGCACAUUUCGCUUCUCCUCAUGCUUCAUUUUCUACUACUGCCAAUGAAUCUCCGUCUAAAUCUUUGCUGGCUCCUAUAGAGUCUCGGGCAACUAUUGUAAUGAUGUCAGCUUUGCCAAUGACCCCUGCUGUCCCAGUGACUCAGCAAGACAGCAAUGACUCUGCUUCAGAUCCUCACUCCAUCUCAGUAUCCAUGGACAGCAGUGACAUCUCCAUGAUAAUAGACUCAAUCAACAAAGAGUGCAUGGCAAGCAGUGAUGGGGUUGGACAGUCCAAGGAUGAAACCUCAGAAGGCAAGGCGGAUUUGGACCUUUCUGAAAAAAUGGACAUGGAAGAACUUGAUUUUGAAACUGUUGGAGACAUAAUUGCCAUUAUUGAAGACAAGGAUGACCAUCCAGAGGUGUUGGAUGUGGCUGCAGUUGAAGCUGCUCUCUCUUUCUGUGAGGAAAAUGAUGACCCCCAAGCACUUCGAGGUCCCUGGGAUCAGCCUGUCCAGGAACAUACAGCUAAUAGAGAUACAUUAGGGCAGUCACUAAUUUCAGAGGCCAAAGAGUCCGAGAGUAUAAUGAACAUCAUAGAAAUGAGCAAUGAAAUAAAAUCGGAGCCUCCGGAGCCUGACCUGGAACCAGCUCAGGAGGAGGCUACUUCACUUGCUCCUCAACAACCUCUUUAUCUUGGACACACCGAAGACCUGGAAGUACAAAGAGGAAACACUGAAAAUGAGCCAGAAGAGAAAGUAGAUCAAGUGAAAACAGAGGAGCCCUAUACUGAAGCACCACAGAGCCAGGUAUUCCCAAAGGAAGAAGAGUCUGAGAUCGGAAUAGAGCCAACACCAAUAGUAACUGAUGCAGUUAAAUCAGAGCCACACCCAGGCAGCCUUCAUAAGGACUCGCAAGAGGAAGAAGAGGAGGAGGAUGUGAUGAGUGAGGCUGGGAGCCCAGAGGAACCAAAGGAAGAAGAACCUGGAGAGGAGUAUCUCUCUGAGAUGGAUAAUGAGCCACCAAUAAGUGAAAGUGAUGAUGGCCUCAGUAUUCAUAAUGCACAUCUUCAGUCCCACACACUAGCUGAUUCUAUUCCUAGCAGUCCCGCAUCUUCCCAGUUCUCAGUUUGUAGUGAAGAUCAAGAGGCAAUACAAGCUCAGAAGAUCUGGAAAAAGGCCAUUAUGUUGGUGUGGCGAGCAGCAGCUAACCACAGAUAUGCCAAUGUUUUCCUGCAGCCUGUGACAGAUGAUAUAGCUCCUGGCUAUCACAGCAUUGUACACAGACCUAUGGAUUUAUCAACGAUAAAGAAAAACAUUGAGACUGGUUUGAUCCGGAGCACUGCAGAGUUUCAACGAGAUAUUAUGCUCAUGUUCCAGAAUGCAGUGAUGUAUAAUAGCUCUGACCAUGAUGUAUAUCACAUGGCUGUUGAAAUGCAGAGAGAUGUGUUGGAGCAGAUCCAGCAAUUCCUGGCCACCCAGUUAAUCAUGCAGACAUCAGAGUCAGGCAUAAGUGCAAAAAGUCUAAGGUUUCGAGAUUCAACGCGCAAGCAAGAUGCUUCAGAGAAGGACAGUGUCCCCAUGGGCUCUCCUGCCUUCCUUCUCUCUCUCUUUGAUGGAGGUACACGUGGCCGACGUUGCGCCAUUGAAGCAGAUAUGAAAAUGAAGAAGUGAGCUGUAACCAUCUGGAAGAUCAGGCGCCAUGGUGAUCAAGUGUUCUGUUUGGAAUAGAAGAAUAGAUUGCCAUUCCAGUUGGAGCUAAAUGCAAAUUUCUGUUAAUAUAUUGUGAAUAACUUGUACAUAAUGUACAGUAAAACUCUGUGUAAACAACUUUCUUCAUUAUGUUUUGAAUUGUCCAAAACUGGAAAAUGUUGCUGUAGUUGAAUGUUUGUUGGUGCAAUUUGCAAUUUUGUUAUCAAGUAUAGUAAAGUCUAGCCUUGUGUAUCUACAGUAUGUAAAGCUACACUUGCCCUGGAGGAACCUUUUCCCCUUAUUGGCAACGGUAAAAUCCCAUUUCACUUCUUUUGGAUAUUGUGAGAAUUAUUUAACCUCUGUUAGUAUUUUCUCCCACUGUUUGUUUUUUUUGAAUCUACAAUAUUAAUGCUAAGCAUAAGCGAGUGAUUGUCAUUCUUUUGCUCCUUGGUGGAACUCCUAUUAAAAGGGACAGUAACAUCAGGAAAUAAAGAUGGAUUCACACACACACAUAUAAUUAUAUAUCUUAAUAUAUAAUUGCAUAAUAGAAUAUUUUUUUAUUAAAUUUCCUUCCAGUCUUUGAUUUCAGUAUAGGCAUGGUAAUUGUUCCUCGUCUAUAACAGUUGUAUUAUUUGGAUAAAAUCUAUCUUAUGGGAGACAGCAUUUCUGUAAUUCUGAGCUUUUUGGAUUACAUUUUUUUCUGGAUAAUGGAUCAGAUACCUGUACUGAGCAAUGUGCAAACAGAACAUUUUAAAUAUGGAACCAAUCUUUUCUUAUUCGCCAGAACAUAUGCGUUGUUUUAAGGCAAAUACAAAAGUUUUUAUUUUGA